AUGGAGGCCCCUCCGCCGGAGACAGAAAGCAUCGUGUGGAGGGAGGACAAGGGGAGGUUCGAGACGCCCGAUGGCGAGGCCUUCCUCCAGUACCGCCUCCUCGACGGCAAUGGGGCGGCGGGGCUCCUGCGGCGGCGCUCCUCGCUGCUUCGUCCAGGGAUCAUUAAGCGCGUGCCAGGAGAGGCCACCGCUGCGGAGGUGAGCCCGGUGGUGCGGGUUCUGGACGAGCUGAAGGCCUCUCACAGUGCCAGCGGCGGGUCGGAGCAGGAUCUCGACGGACUCGUCUCUCUGCUUGAUGAGUUGCGCGGCCUGUGCAGCUCCGGCGAGGGUUCAGAGAAUGCAGGGAUCGCGGUACGGAAUGGCAUCGUGGAGGCGCUCGUUGCCCUGUGCGCGUCCGCUCGGGUUCAGCAGGAGAGGUUGCUUGCAUCGGCCUUGAAGACGCUGAGCUCCGUGCUCCGUGGUAUGACAUUGGAAAUAUUCAAUCUGCAGAUGUGGCAAGCACUGAAAAGUUCAGACAAAGAUUCAAAGGAGGCUGAUGAUCCAUGUUCCAUGAUGCAGAGACUACAUGAUCUGUACAAUUAG